GCCCAUCAGUACAGGCAAUGCUGAGAGCACGAAGCGAGGUUCUGCUGCUCUGGAGUUUAAUCCGUGUCUGCCGGAUUCGGAAGAGCUGCUGCGCCCCGGAGAGCGCUUCCGUGUCUGAACUGCUCAUCUCCCAGGACCCACAGAACGUCACCAUACACUGCAUUGUUCUAGCGCCCUGGCUACACAUCAGCUGAAACAGAAACAAUGAGGAACGAGGGGGCAGCAGACCAUCCCAGGUGUCACGGAACAUAUAUCCACCUGGAACCCAGGAAAUUCAUGACUUCUUUCCAGUGACUCGUUCCAGACUCCAGGAAGGCAACGGAUUCUGCAUCUAUCGAGCUGUGAAACCCAGUGUCUCUCGCAUGGCGUGGUUGGCCAGUCCCCGGGUGCUGGGUCAGGAGGAGCCGCUGGUGCCCGGGGUUAAUGCGAGUGAUGACCACCCUUACGGCAGUGGAGGGGACAGAGACCAGAGGGCAGGAGCGGGACAGCUGAGCGCUCCGGCCCUGUCCUCCUCCUCGCAACCGUACUCUGCGCUGCUGCAAUUCCUUGGCUGCAUCUUUGCCCGUUUAUCACCUCCAUCCCUGGCCGUUUGUGCCCAAUGCUUUUGCUUCCUCUGCAUCCUCUCUGUCACCCUCCGCUCCCCUUCCACCCUGGGCUCCCGCUUCUGCCUCGCCUCCUGCCUGCUUUGCUGGGGUUUCCCUCCCACCAUGGCGGGGUCUGCGGCACCCCCCAGCAUCCUCUUCCUGAACGCAUCAGCUCAGGUGCACCGCGGCGUGGAGUUCACCCUGCUCUGUGUUGCCUCUGGCGUUCCGGAACCAUGGACUUCCUGGUCCUUCAGGGACAGACCUGUGACUGCCGGUGAUCGGUACGGGAUUCUCACGGAGAAUGGAAUGCUCACAGUGAGGAAGGCAAAGCCAAACACAGAAGGUGUUUACGGAUGUGAAGCUGUAAAUGAAGCAGGUUCAGCCAAGCGAUCGGUGACAAUAUCUGUCAGUGCCUCAGUAAAACCCCUCUGGCUGCAGAGCUCCCCUUCCACACAAUCACCGCGAUUACAGUCUGAGACACAGAGCUCCUUGGCAUCGAUUGACCAACAGUCUUCUGUCCCAGAAGUGUCUGCCACUUCGGAGGUUCCAGUGACAUCCACAGAGACACCAUUUACAGUUCCAAGCCUGCCACUGGGGAGACCGAUUCCACCUCAGUCAAUAUCGACAGGAAAGUCCUUUCCCUUUCAUCCAAAGCCUACAAUAAGACCCUUUCCAAGUCCAACAGUAUCCACAAUGAACACUUCCCCAACUUUAGCAACCCCUGUCACUGCAGAGCUCCCACUUAAUCUGAAGCAGCAUUCAGCUCCAAUCAACAUUGCCCCAGAUCUUACCAGACUUUUCUCAAAAAUGAACGCCUCCAACCAGACAAGCAGUGUUACCUCUCUGCUGAAGAUACAUCAGCCUGCAGAUCCAGGGGAUGAGAGAGUUUCUGCAGAAGGACUGAGGAUGUUUGCUGAGAAUGGCACACUGACCAAGUCUGCUGCAGAAACAAAUGCUUGGAAUCUGAGUUACACCACAAGGUUCCAGCCACCAGAUGCCACCAGUGGAACCAUUAUAAGGGAGGAAGCCCGGGUGAAGCUGCCGUCGCCCUUUUCCCUGGAGAAGCACGACAUUCCCAUUGUCAUUGGAGUCACUGUUUCCCUCAUCCUGAUCUUUAUUACAAUGUGCGUUUACUCCGUCAGGCAAAAGAAAGCUGGGAGCAGGGAGACAGAGAGACGCAUGCUGCCAAACUCCAGGAGGCAAAGCCAUGAUCAAGGACAUCUGGAGAUGAACACACAUGACAACAGAGCCUUUGUUGAGGACAGUGUAGGAGCCAGUACUGAGCACGGCCAUGGUGAGAGGGAGUCCGUGUCAACAUCCUCUCUGAAACAGCCGGCUGCCAAGGCCAUUACCGUGAGGGCAGAGUUCGCCCUGGUCAGACAGAAUGAGCAUCACUUCUCCGUCAGUGGAAACAGCAGUGCCCCCAUCCCAUACAGGAGCCCCCCUGAGGGAGAGCCGCAGGAGAUGGAGCCCACUGUCCUGGGAGGCAGCAGAUCCUCCCAUGCGAAAGGCAUGGUUGACGUCCCACACACUUGGGAGAAAAGUCCUUCAUUCCAGGGGAGGCCGCUGACUGCUGUGGUGAUGGUGGAGCCCAACAGCAGCUCUUGCAGGAAGGCGGAGGUGCUGACUCGGUCCAAGUCUAUCCCCUGCUGCCUGAGGCAGAGGGAGGAGCAGCUGGUCAGGAGUUCCGGCCUGCUCCUGGACGGUGAGGCAGUGGGACCCUCCUGCUUCAUCCUGCAGCAGCUCGUCCACCCUGGAGUGAUGCAGGGCCACACCAACUGGUCAAGGGCUCUUCUGGACACGGACAGGAAACGCUCGGAGAUGGUAUCAGAUGUUCUCGUCCCUCCCCAGGAGUCAGCCUCCUCUUCCCUUCCAGCCCCGGAGACCAGCUCUGCUGUCGGGUUGUCUGUACCUACUCCACGUUAA